AUGUAUAGAGGAGGAAAAAAAGUUUUCGCCUAUGUCGGCACAUGGGCAGCCUAUCGUCAGGGACGAGGAGAGUUCAACACAAGCCAUAUUGACCCAACGCUGUGCGAUUAUCUGUUGUACGCUUUUUUCGGCGUCACUGUAAGCGGCGAGGUAGAGAUCAAGGACCCCUGGCUGGACCUAGAGGAUAGCGGACGAGGUAACAUUCGACGAUUCAACGAGUUGAAACGUGUCAAUCGAUCGCUCAAAACGCUAGCCUCCUUUGGCGGAGCGACGUUUCCAGCAUAUAAAUUCUCGCAAGUGGCAGCCAGCUCCAAUCUGCGAUCGCGGUUUGCCAGCAAUGCAAGAAGGUUCUGCCAGGAGCAUGAUUUCGAUGGAAUCGAUAUAGACUGGGAAUUUCCAACUAGCGGUGAUCGUUCAAAUUUCGUUCAGUUACUGGCAGCAUUGUCGAGUGAACUGCAUAGCGCCGGACUUAUCUUAACGGUGGCCGUCGGUCCAACGGAAUCAAGAGCGUCGGAGUCGUACGAUAUUGGUGGUAUCGCACGUCAUGUAGAUUUCAUUAACCUUAUGGCGUACGAUUACAACGGCUCCUGGGAUAGUUACACUGGCCACAAUGCUCCGUUGUAUGCCGGGCCCUCGGACCAGGGCUUUCAAAAACAGCUAAACAUCGACCAUAGCGUGCAGCAUUGGCUUCGCCAAGGCGCUCCGGCCGGCAAACUGAUGUUGGGGGUUCCAGCGUGCGGAAGGACUUUUAAACUUGCCAAUGCAUAUAACCAUGAUCUGCGGGAUACAGCGGAAGCACCAGGAAAUCCGGGAUCGUACACAAAUAACGCCGGUACGCUUGCGUACUACGAAGUGCUUGAGAACUUGCAAAACGGUUUUACCAGAGCCAGGGAUCAUACGCAGAAGGUACCGUAUGCAUAUUCUGGUCGACAAUGGAUGAGCUACGAUGACCCCGAAAGCAUUGCUGAUAAGUGCAACUAUGCCGUUAAUCGUAAUCUGGGUGGAGUAAUGAUGUGGUCAAUCGAUAUGGACGAUUUUCGUGGUAACUAUGGACGUAGCUACCCUCUGUUGAAGAAGGUCAAUGAGUGCUUGGGGCGUUGAUAAAGAGUAAAGUCAACUAUAGUUUAGAUUCUUUAUGGGCUAACAUCCUCUACUC